AUGGAUCCCUACUGGGAGGACCUUGACUUCUCAACGAAACCUCGUACACCGGCACCAGAGGAAGAGUUCAGCCAGUACUUUCUGGACUACAAAAACUUCGAUAACCUCUUCAAUGAGGCAUUGACUACUCUUCAGGAUUUGGACGUGCCUUCAGGGCCACCACAGCCUGCCCAAGUAGCAGCUUUCCAAUCUCCUUUCAGACAUGCAAAGAAACCUAGUGGAACUGCCAUCUUUGGUUUUGCUGACCACAGCAGAGAGCUCUCGAUAAACGGCAUGACCAAUGAAUACCUCAAACACCAAAGGGCGCCCUCAGAAGCGUCGUCUUAUAUUCUGCCGGGGAAAAUUGCGAGAAAAAAGGCUGCACCACCAAUCUCAAACGAUCACCUCGAUUUCAACUUUUCGCAGCCAUUGGAGGCCUGUAAGGAUUUUCAACUAAAUGAAGAUGAAGAGUAUAAUGAAGGAAGAGCGCCUCCACAGCCUACCAAACAGAAAGAAGAAGACUAUAUUGUCACGGGUGCAACGCCCAAACAGUACAAGUUUCCGCCAGACCCUGAAGACGAGAAUUUCGCUCUAGACUACUUGAAGAAGAUGCCCUCAGUGAGCCAACCAAUCCAUCUUCCUGUCAAACAAGAGAACGAACCCUACCCUGAUGACAUUGAGUCGCUACUAGAAGGCAGCCCACUGCGGAAACCCAGGUUUGUGCCUAUUCCAGUGCAACAGCCAUCGGCUCCAAGAAAGAGUCCUUCUCGACAUCCCGAUAAGUCCCCUCAACAGCCUCAGCUACCACAACAACACCCUCAAGAGAUUGACCCAGCGUUGGAAAUAGGCAUGAACAUGAAUGUGUACCUUCCUCCUCCUGGCAGUCAAACAGACAGCUUGAAUGACUACUCCUCUCCAGAGCCUGCUAGUCCUACCCUACCUCAAAGUCAUAUCCAGAACAUCUACCUGUCUCCACAACGACUGGUACCACCAGCGGCUCCUUCGGUGAAUUCGUCUCCAUUUCAAGAUAAAAAACAAUUCUGCAAUCCCCAAUUCUUCUCCGAUGGCACGGAUAAUUACUACUCUGAGCCUGAUCCUCAAUUGGUCUCGCUGCCUUUUCAUUCGCUGCCGUUUCGUAACAAUGGACCUAGGUCGAUCAAGUCAUCACCUCUUAAACAUGAGCGCACAGAUGCCGUGGGGGAAGAUAGCUUGACUGACGUGAAUGAUACCAUCGUCCUUACACCACUAAAGAAUUCUGCUACGCCAUUCACUCCUAGCAAAAACAAGAUUAAGCUAGAGUGGAGUCCGAUCAUUUCCCCCAACUCAAAGUCAACAGACGUUCGCAAAGCCAUUCAAGACCUUUCUCCAAAACGAGUCAUCAAAAAGACUUCCUUGCUCCCGCCAGGGGAGCUAGAUAGAUACUGGGAGGGACCAGAUGAGAACAAGAUCUUCACUUGCACUUAUGAAGGAUGCGGUAAGAAGUUUACCAGAAGGUACAACGUUCGUUCUCAUAUCCAAACACAUCUAAGCGACCGACCCUUCACUUGCAGCUACUGUCCCAAAUCUUUUGUACGUCAGCAUGAUCUCAACAGACAUGUAAAGUCACACUUGGUAGCAAAGCAUUGCAGAUGUAAAUGUGGGAAAGAAUUCACUCGAGUGGAAGGCUACAAGAGACAUUUGAAUAAGGGCAUCUGUGAGAAGAGUUCCGAGAGUGAAGUGGGUGGAUCGACAAAGGGAGUGUCAAAGCCAAGUCCCAUCAAGCUGAAGAGAGGGGAGGCUGUUUUGGACGGACUUACGUCGAAUCGCCUCCACGAAGAUUUGGGGCUCGCCGCCCAGAGACGUUGA